CUUUUAACUACACUCUCUCUAUUAUACAAUAUAAUCAAGAGUUUCAUUAUAUCGCACAAACAGAUCACUUAAACCAUGUCUUGUAUAAAAGACGAUAAGCCAUCGCCCUUUCCAUCCCUCAAACGCUCGCCAUCACUCAAAGGCUUCAACCACCUUGCUACCGAUGGAGUGUACCGCAGUUUUAGCUCGAGUGGCGAGGUAGUAGAUUAUAAGCAAUUAAGCCCAGCCGAAAUUACAAUAAUACUGGAGUUCCAUGAAAAAUAUAUGGACUCAGAGAUUUUUCAGAAGACUAAGAAGAAAUUUGACGGUGUGGAUGGCAGAAAUGUGACCGAUUUGGAGCGACUGCUUUAUCCAGGACCAGAAAUUCGUCCAGUGAGAUUUAGAGAGUAAAGACAAC